AUGGGUCUCCCGGAGGAAUUUGAAAGUAUCUUGAAAGAAGCAGUCAACUCUAAACGUUUGUCUGCCUCGAAAAUAACGAAUUUGACAGAGAUUGCCAUGAGAAAUAUGGAGCACGAUACCCAACUUGUUUCCGUUCUCUAUCGCAACCACAAAUCACUGCCUACAGCCGCUGCCAAAGUUGCGAGCCUUUAUAUAUUCGAUGCGCUUGCGAGGGCUGCUAAGCAUCAUGCUACAAAACACAACCUCUCGGGCGACGCCUUUACUCAUCCAGGCAAUUCCGCUUCUUUUUUGUUUAAAAUGGGUGGGGUAGUCGAAGGUUUAUUCCAGGACAUGCUUGCGACUCAGUCUCCUGAAACCAAGGAAAAGACCAAGAAAAUUCUUGACAUAUGGAUAAAGGGCAACACAUUCCCACCUACCAUUUUGUCUCAAUUAGCAGCAAUUUUCAACGAAGUGGAAAAAGAGCCGGACUCGAAAUCGAUGUCGACCACGGAUCCCCGAACUGCGAACCCUACCUCUCAAGUGCCACCCCCGUCUGCAAGUCCAAUUACACCAGUACAACCGGUCGAAGUGCCCCCAGUGCCUGCUACCAUUCGCCCGAACAUUCCAACAAUGGCUGGAUUGGACCCACAAGCUGCUCUUUUAGCAUUACUAACACAGGCUGCAGCCUCAAGUACGAAUAUACCACCACCGAUGAACCCGCGAAUAGCUACAGCUACAAAUAUUGUUGGAUCAUCUCAUUUAGAUGCUACCCAUCUAGCCGUCAUACAACAGUUAGCACACACGGCUGCAUCUGUACCACCUACCUCACAAUCUUUAACCCCAGCAGAGUUUGUAAAUAUCCAGAAAUUUCCCUCCUCUUCUGGUGUUAAUGGUAUUUCACACAAUCUACCCCAUGUUCGAAAUGAGCCUCGAGCAAUGGUCAGAGGAUAUCGUAGUCCCGAGAGCGAAACCCGCCCUGAUCCUCGUUUUGACGAGCGUGACAAUGUGAGAGGAAGGUAUAGAAGCAGUUUUCGAAACAGAGGCCGUGGUGAUAAAUUUCAAGGACGCGACUGGGAUUCUCGUGACCGUGACCGUUAUAGAGACAAAGAUCAGAGCCCUGCCCGUGGGGGUAGAGGAGGGCGAAGCCGAUCUAGAAGCCCUUCGAGUAGAUACGGAGGCAGAAAGGAUUCACGUUACUUUAGUCCACCUCGGAGACCGCAGCUUGCAUCCCAGUAUCCUGCCGAACGAGACCCUGCUGCUAGUGGGGAUAAUGAAACUGGCAAGGAUGAAUUUGGAAGGGAUAUUCGACCAGGAUCGCCUACACCACCUCCUGCUGUAAAUAACGACAAAUCACCUAUCUCAUCGACUCUACCCACAUUGGCCCAAUCUUCCAAAACAUCAUUAUCAACGAGUAAUCCGGAACAAUCACAUCAUGAACAAAAUUUUGUAUCAUCUUUGGUAACUGCGAAUACAUCAAACAAACCUAGUGCAUCCGAUGCCAGUAAAUCAAACGCAAAAGACCUUGGGAUGGACCAUUUUAAUUACUCGACAUUUGAUUAUACCUCUCCCAGUUCGUGGGAAGCACUCGGAAAGAUGUGGCAGGUCACCCAUGGUUAUUUGCCUUCGACCGAAGAACUCAUGCAGUUUGUGAUGUCAACUGGUAUGAAAAACUCUAAUGGAGCGUUCGAUGCUACAAAUCAGUCAAGUGAAGCUAUGCAUCCCUCAUCAAACAAUGGCAGAGACAAUCGAAGCGAUGUGCUCCCGAGAGGUCAAGGGGCGAAUGUCUAUGGGGACAACCGAAAUUUUCAUGGUCCUGGUAGCCUAGUAUCCAACAAAACCAGUCAGGGGAUAUAUACGGGUACGAAAUACUCUUCGGGGGGGGAUCAUUUCGUCAGAGAACAACCUGUUGGAAAACAAGAAAAUUCUGAGCCAUCAAACCCCUCCAACUCAGGCAAAAUGCAACGAGUCGGAGAUAAAUGGGUUUUCGUUCGUGGGAUGGCGAUGGACGUUUCAUGA